UAUUAGUUUCUUAUAGCUAAGAAAGCAAGUUGGAAAGUUGAAAAAUAUCAAACAAUAAACUAUGUUUCCAUACCCAAUCACCUACUCUUGGUGUGCAUCCAUUUUCAUAAAACCCACCUCACCCGUCAUCAUAGAUACCACCAAACACAUUAGUCAUUAGCUCUCUCUCUCUCUCUCUCUCUCUCUCUCUCUCUCUGUAUUUGGGUAUUGGUGGGGCUGUUAUCUUUGGAGUAGAGCUUAGUUUAUGUGUGGGGGAGAAUGGGAAGAAAAUGCUCACAUUGUGGGAACAUUGGCCAUAAUUCAAGGACCUGUGCCAUUUACAAGGGGAGUAGUGGUAGUAGCAGUGCUGUUGCUGGUGGAGGACUUAAGCUCUUCGGAGUGCAACUGGACAUUUCUUCUUCAUCUCUUUCUAUCAAUUCCAUGAAGAAGAGUCUUAGCAUGGAUUGCAUGUCUUCAUCAUUUGCCUCAUUGGCUUCCCCUUCUUCUUCACUGUCUUCGUCAAAGAUUUCCAAUAUUGAUGAAACUUCUGAUAAAACCUCCACUGGUUAUCUCUCUGAUGGCCUAACGGAUCGGACCACUCAAGAUAGAAAGAAAGGCUGUCUCAGCAAACUAAAAGUCAGCCUAAAAGGAGUCCCUUGGACAGAGGAAGAGCACCGGACAUUUCUCGCCGGGCUUGAGAAACUAGGGAAGGGUGACUGGAGGGGAAUCUCCAGAAACUUUGUGACAACAAGAACUCCUACCCAAGUUGCCAGCCAUGCCCAAAAGUACUUCCUGCGACAGGCGACCCUCAAUAAGAAGAAGCGGCGGGCGAGUCUCUUCGACAUGGUUGGGAGCGGCAGCACACGAGUUCAUCAUGCUAACACAUCUAGCUCCAAAGGAAGUGGUGCUAAUAAUCCUAUCCGAUAUCUCAAUAUGACAAUUUGCUCUAACCAUGAAGCUCAUCAUUCCAACGUUCUGCCUCCUCCAAUUGAUCUUAAUUCCUUUGGACAAGAUGUUAUAUCGGAUAAUAGCAGAGAGGUUGGCUGCUCUCAAUUACAUUUGGGUAAUCAUGCCAUGGCUGGUUGGGUAUAUGGAUCACUUGAUUCCAAGCAGAAAUCUCACAGUACAGCAAAACCCACAUCUCCUAAUAAUGCAGCACUAGAUUUGGAGCUCACACUUGCAGUCCCGAAGACGUUGGAUCAUGACAAACCAUCCUCUAGUCCCCUUCUAAUUGGAACCAUUAGCGUUAUUUGACAUCUGAGGAAAAAUCAAUAGGCACAUAACAAACCAUCCCGUAAUCCAAGCUCCGCAGAUAAAAAAAAAAAAAAUUCUUUAUGAUUGUUGUAGGAAUAGUAUAUUUCUAAUUGAAGUCUGAAUGGACAAACAUGAUGUUAUUAAUGUAUAAAUAUGCUAGAAGUUACGAGUAAAUUUAAUCUAUACUGUUCUUGAUGUGUUUA